CCCCGCGCCCUUAUUAAGUGCUGUAUACGUUUUAAAGAGAAUUAGAGGCAAUAACAGGGCACAACAAACAAGAAUGGCGUGCACAAUAACAGGAAACAUUGGUAUGUGCUGACGAGUGAGGGAAAAUGUUUAAAAAACGAGAAAUCAAGGCGUAUUUCUGAGCUGCCGCUGCUGCUGCGUUCCCGGAGCAUCUGUACCUCGGCGGAGGAUGCUGCAUCUCAUGAACUGCCGCUAUCUACUCAUAAUCCGUGCACUCUCCUCAGCUGCAUCCCACCGUGAUUAUUACAACGUGUGACGGCUGGAGGGUGAUGCGAGAGGAGGCUUUCGGGGAGCACAAAGGCCAACUCAAUAGGUUUCCCUCAGCAAAUGCGAGGAUUUUUCUGCGCGCAUUCCUCAUCAGUCGCAUCGCUGCCGACUUCUGUUAGAUGCACAGGAGGGAAAAGAGAGACUUGAUCAUCUCCUCAUUGUUGGAUCAUUUAGGAGUGUCUGUUGCUCAAGCUCGCAAAAUACUGGUGUCUUUGUCUUGCAUAUUCUAUGCAUGAUCUUAAAAUCACGCUGGAAGUGGGGGUGACGCGGAUGAAAGCCGAUGGCCAGGUGCCCCAGAUUUCUUCAGAAGGGGGAUGCAACCUAAAAUAACCCCGGUGCCAGAUGUUUACCCCAGCUCCUACCCAGAGGGACUGAGUCUGUAACACGGUCGACUUCUUUGGAGUCCUGUCUUCCUACCACUCGGUGACUUUUAAUGGCUUUUGUGUUCAGAAGAUGGAGAGUUUUACUGGUGCUAAUCGUGCUUGCUGUUGGCGGGCUCAUGAAUUUUUGGACCAAGUGCAGCACACGCAGCGUCCAAGUCGCCGGUCCGGACGCGCCGGCUGACGUGAAGAGGCCCCGGGGCAACGUGACGGCGCAGGGGCCCAGCGUCAGCCAUGAGGUGCUGCUGAAGAGGCUGAGCUCGCUGGAGGACGUGGUGUACAGGCAGCUGAACGGUCUGUCCAAAUCCCUGGGUCUGAUCGAGGGCUUUGGGGGUGGGGAUAAAGGCAGCCUCCCUGCCACACUGUCGCCAGCUGAGGAGAGCGAUGCCAAACACCUGAGGGAGAAGUACGGCUACAACGCCUACCUCAGUGAUAGAAUCUCUCUGGAUCGGAACAUACCGGACCACAGGCCCAACAAAUGCCGAAAAGUUAGCUACCCGAGAGACCUCCCGCAGAUCUCCCUCAUCUUCAUCUUCGUCAACGAGGCUUUGUCGGUAAUCCUGCGCUCAGUCCACUCAGCUGUCAAUCACACGCCAGCUCACUUGCUCAAGGAGAUUGUCCUGGUGGAUGACAACAGUGAUGAUGAGCAGCUGAAAGCACCACUGGAGGAGUAUGUGAACAAGCGCUACCCCGGCCUGGUGAAGAUCGUGAGGAACCAGAAGAGAGAGGGACUGAUUCGAGCCAGAAUUGAGGGCUGGAAGGUGGCCACUGCCGAGGUGACGGGAUUUUUUGAUGCCCAUGUGGAGUUCACACCAUCCUGGGCUGAGCCAGUUCUUGCCAGGAUAAAAGAGGACCACAAGAGGAUCAUCUUGCCCUCCAUUGACAACAUCAAGCAUGAGACAUUCGAGGUGGAGCGCUACGAGAACUCAGGCCAUGGCUACAGCUGGGAGCUGUGGUGCAUGUACAUCAGCCCACCCAAGCAGUGGUGGGAAGAGGGGGACAUGUCUGCUCCCAUCAGGUCUCCCGCCAUGAUUGGCUGCUCCUUCGUAGCAAACCGCAACUACUUUGGCAAGCUUGGCCUGUUCGACUCUGGGAUGGAUGUCUAUGGAGGAGAGAACAUCGAACUGGGCAUCAGGGUGUGGCUGUGUGGGGGCAGCAUGGAGGUGCUGCCUUGCUCCAGGGUUGCUCACAUGGAACGGUUGAAGAAACCCUACAACAGUAACAUAUCUUUCCACACACGGCGUAAUGCUCUGCGUGUGGCUGAGGUCUGGAUGGAUGAGUACAAGUCCAACGUCUACCUGGCCUGGAACCUCCCCAUGGAGAACCAUGGUAUUGAUUUUGGAGACAUCUCUGAGAGGGUUGCUCUGAGAAAAAGUCUGCAGUGUAAGAGCUUUCAGUGGUACCUUGACAAUGUUUACCCAGAAAUGAGGAGGUACAACAACACGCUGCUCUAUGGCGAGAUGCGUAACUCUGAAGCGAGCCACCUAUGUAUGGAUCAAGGAAUAAAGGAGAACCACACAGCCACCCUGCACCCCUGCCAUGGAUGGGAUCCUCAGUUAGGGCGUUACACCAAAGAGGGUCAGCUGUUCCUGGGCACUCUGGGUAACACCGGGGAUGACACUCGCUGUGUGGUGGAUGAUCAGAUCAGCAGCUUUCCUCAGCUCCUCAACUGUGACAAAGUGACCAACCUGAAACAGAAGACAUGGCAUUUCUCUCAGAAUGAGCCAAUCAUAAAUCGAGCCACAGGACGCUGUCUGGAGGUGGUGCCGGCUAAUGUUUACUUCGGCCACCUGCUGGUCCUGCAGGCCUGCUCCGGGCAGAGGUGGACCAUCAAGAACACCAUGAAGCAGUAAUCAACUGGCCAAUUUUACUGGGACCAAUGACUAGAGCUGUCACCUGACCUGAGCUUGGCUGAGACACAGUGACAAGACAGAGGCUCCUUGACUUAAGAGGGUGAUGGUUUAAAAGGGAAACAAAUGUGUGAACAAAUACAAGUGUUUGUUUUUGUUGUUGUUGUUUUUUACAAACAUUCAAAAUGAGGCAAGUUUUUGCAUGAGGACUGUUUUUGUCUCCACCUGAUUCUGACAAACAUUUGAUGUGACGUUGCCAUAAUUUCUGUCAUCUUGUAGAUUUAUUAAGGUUGGAGAUUUGAUCAUCCAAAACUGUUCUGUUCUGUUUUUUUUU